AUGUCCCUGCAAACUGAUCUGACUGUCUUAGACAUCGCCCGACCGAGGCACUCAUUCUUCCAAACAAGCGGCGCUUCUUUCCGUUCAAGAUACCCAACUUGUUCGUUGAGUCCCUCUCUUAUCUGUGCGCAAUCUAACGAACUUUGUCAUAGCCAUGUGCAGCUUCGCAACUACAUCAGCACCGCUGAUCCCGAUCGCAUCUAUGUGGUCGUUGAGAGAAUAGUGUACUCGAUCCAUAUUUCUGCGCAAAAGCGAGUGAGUGUAGCGGUCAUUCCGUUUGAGCCGCGCUGUCUAGCCGCCGGGCAUGGCUGGAUAGCCAUCGGGGGUCCCGAAAAUGGCGAAUGCGCUUUCGUGCGAAUUGGUGACCGAGACCUGCAAGUACAUGGCGAAAUACCUCCAUUCUACACUUCCGAUGUGGAUACUCCGCUGCCACUCGAUCUCGACCCACCGUCGAGACGGACAUCGCCGGGGACUCCCCAUAACGUCAGUUCCGAAUUUGCAUCAGCACGCCGCCGCCUCAAUCGACCGUUACGUGAAGUGGAGCUUCACAAGUUUGGUGGUAGCAUAGUGAAUUCGGUAGCCGUUCAUCGGUUCUAUGGUGGCGGCGAUGGUUUGGCGGAUGAAGACGUGGUUGUACUGAGCAACAAUGAUCGAACAGUAACAGUGUACUCACUGACGCGCACGAAAGUCCUCAAAGUUCUUCAUCACCCGACAUGCAUGAACUAUGCCACAAUUUCUCCAGACUCGAAACUGCUUACAGCUGUCGGAGAUGAGAACCGCGCUUACUUCUAUGAGAUUGUCCGUGAUUUGGAGUCAGUCGGUGCCAAUGAUGCCGAUCAAAAGGUAGCAGGAUGGGAAUGGGAGCUUAUCCAAUGCCUGGAGUUGAACAUUGGCCUGCGCGCGGACGAUGCGUGUUGCUUUACCGUUGCUUUCUCACCAUCCAGCCGUUUGUGUGCCAUAGGAUCCCAAUCUGGAAUUAUCACAGUCAUCGAUGUUGCCUCCGUCUGGGGGACUCUUGGUCAGUCUGAGGAUGACACGCCAGUUAUUUGCCAAUUUUCAGCUUCAAGGUCAUGCGCCGAGGGUGGAGCUGUGCGCUGCAUGGCCUUUUCACCAGAGCCUUGGGACCUUCUGGUCUGGUUGGAAGGCCAUGGCCGAGCCGGUGUUGCAGACGUUCGUCAAGGAUUUGUACGCAGGCAGAUCCUCCAUCUGGAUGCCGACGAACCGUCGAUGGAAGAAGUGUAUACAGAUUAUCUGACCGAUGAGCUCGAACGCCCGCGUCCCAGCGAAGAGGUAGCUGAUCAGCCACCAUAUCAGAUGUUCAAUGAUGACGAGCUCGAAAUUGAGAGAGAGAAAGGGUUGAUUAUGGAGUUUCUGAACACGGCACGAUGGACGUCACGACUUGAAGAGGGACUUACUGAAAGACCAGAACGAUCAGCCGCCAUUUCUGGUCUUCAUCCUCCUCAUCCUGUAGCCCGGGCGCGGCAUCAUGGUUCCACAGAUGGCGCCACUCGCACUCGUCGUCCUACUUCACCCCCGUACCCAUAUGAUCACUCUGAUAUCUCCCGUGAUAACCAUUUGGGCCGUGCAGCAUCCAAUCCAAGACGCCAGGGCUCGGUAAUCCUGUCCCAUGAUAAUCGAUCUUCGGAAACGGCGUCUGUCCACCCGGACCGCCAGUCAAAUAUACUGAACUAUUCAGCUUCUCCUUCUGAACUUCCAUCCCUCACAUCAGAGAUUCUGUCUCGAGCGGGAGUCGAUACAGAUCUAAUUCAUGAUGAAAUCAGCACACCGUCUGAAGCAAACGGCUCAUCCAAUCCAAACCUCGGCUUACAGGGCCUGACUCGCCGGUCCCAGCGAUCAAGCUCUAUCCCACGACGAAUCGAUCGACAACCAACAGGGGCAUCGGAACAGAGGAGAUAUGACACGUCUCGCCUGACAACAUAUGAAAUCCGCGCCAACGUAGCCGCCGAGCGACUCAGGCGCCAACGCCAGAUCGCCAAUGAGGUACACAACCGCUCCUUCGAAAGAGAACAGCGACAUCGUCAACAACUACUUGGUUUUGAGCAGACACACUCUCCUCACUGGAUCAGAAAUAUUAUCAAUGAACUCCCUGAUCGAAACAGCCAAAAUUCGGCCGAUGAACCGGACUCUACAGCUGGUGUUGGUUGGGGAGCCGAUGGACGGACUUUGUACAUUGCUACAUUGGAAGGUAUUUACGAGUUUCAUCUCAAUAUUCAUGACCGAAAAACUUUCCCCAGCUUCUCUUGUCGUUAA